AGUAACAUUAGAUUCUGGUCUUGGAUAUACAAGCAAAUGGUUAUGAAGGACCUAAAAUAUUAAAUAAGGAACCCAAAAUAAAAUGCCCCUUUAACCGUUUUAACUACCUCACAAAUCACCAGGUCCAUAAAUAUUUAUUCUGCAAAGAAUCCUACAAAUUCGGAUGUAUUUUUGACAAACAAGGAACUCAAUUUGACUUGAAGAUUUGUCUUUUUUUGAGUCAUUUUGAUUCUGGGGUAUCCAAUUUUCUCUCUUUUAUCCACAUGAUCUUAGGGAAAACACCCUCUUCUAUUAAUCUGCAUCCUUAUAAUUUCAAAAAAAAAAAAAAAAAUUGUAAUUCCACCUGAUAAAAUCAUGGCGAGUUUGAAAUCUGGCGUUCUUGUAAAGUUACUUGAAGACAUGAAAACUGGUAAUGAAAAUGCCACGUUAGAAGAUCGAAAUAAGCCAGCAUUGUUACAAAUCAGAAGCAUAAUUCCUGUCCUAGAGGAAGGUAAUUUAUUGCCCAAUAGGGGAUUUUACCUCAAGAUUUCAGAUGCAUCACACGCAAUAUAUGUCACAUUGUCCCAAGACCAAAAUGAGCUGAUUUUAGGCAACAGGUUAAAACUAGGACAAUACAUUUAUGUAUAUAAAUUGGAGGAUGCACAACCAUUUCCAUUGCUUAAAGAUUUAACGCCUCUCCCUGGUAGGCGUCCAUGUGAUGGAACCCCUGAAGAUAUUGGUUCGGUUCCAAAUUUUGAGAAGAUUCAUGAUUCAUCCAAUUCUGAUUUUAUUGUUGAAAAGGGUGUCAUUUCUGAAGAAAAGAUUAUGGAAAUAUCAACCAAUUUAAGGAGGUUAUCUUUAGAGUCAUCUGAUGUAGAGGAAGUGAGGAAAAAAAGUGAUGUUCUUGAGGGAAGUACUAAGAAAGGCAAGUUCAGGUCAUUGAGUGCUUCGAAAACUCGUCCAGGAGAUAAAAGAUCAGAUGUUGAGAGAAGAAAUUCUGAUGUUCUGGGGUUAGUUAGUAGGGGUUGGAGAAUGUCUGUUGAUAAUGAUAGUGAUACGGAUAGCACGGUAUCUUCAGUGUCAUCAUCCACCUGGAAUUCUAAGAGGAAAAGUUGGAAUGAGUUAAAGAAUUUGGGUGCUGAGGAGAUUUUUGAUUCUUCAGUUGUCAAACACAAUAUCAGACCACCACGUUGUCGUAGUGCAACUGUUUCACCUGUUCGUUCUGUCAAAUACGACAGCUCAGAUGACAAUUCAAGUUCAAUAUCAAGAAGAAGGCUUGUUGGUUCUGCAAAGAAAAUAGUCAAGAGUUCAACUAAGAGCAAGAAUUCUAUGUCAAAGGUGAACUCUGAACAAGCCUUCCAUCCAAUUAAAGGCUUAGUAUAUGACAGACAAGGCGCAGAAAGUGGGAUUUCAUGGGAUUCACUGCCCUCAAGUUUGGUGAACCUUGGCAAGGAGGUUGUAAAGCAAAGAGACAUUGCUCUCUUUGCAGCUGCUGAUGCUUUGCAAGAAGCUUGUGCAGCUGAGAGAUUGCUCAAUUCAUUAAGCAAAUUCUCAGAGUUACGCUUACCUGAAGAAGAUGAUCUACAGCCUCAUGUUGAUACAUUUUUGGAUCUUCAAGAUGAUAUGGCUCAGACAAGACUAAUAAUGAAGUUACUGACAAAUAUAAGUCCAAUUAGAACAGGAGAAACAGAUUCAAGUAGCACAAUUUCAGAUAAUGAAGCAUUAACUAUUGCAGCGCAAAGAAAGAAAAAUGCAGCUGCAUGGAUAAAAUCUGCUGUGGCUUUAGAUCUUUCACCAUGUUCCACUUCCCUCAAUCAAAUUUCUAACUCUAUGACCGUUGCCAAUACACUGAAGAAGUCUAGUACAUCUAGUCACAGUACCAAACAAAAAGGCGCAAGCAUUAUUAGAACUGACAAUAUAAACACUGAUGACAUUUCGUUUGUAUUGACAUCUAACAGUGAUGCGCAUUCUGAAUGGACCAGUGGUAGCACUAUCCCUGCAGCUACUCGGCUAGCUGCUUCAUUGCAGGACGAGUGUAGAAAAAAGUUUUUGUGUUACAUAGAGAAGUAUAUUAAUGAACUUGAAAGAAAAAUGUAUUUAAUGGUAUCAGAUAACCAAGUAGCAGCAAUGAUGUAUAAGGUCAAGAGAGUAAAUGACUGGUUAGACAUGAUCAUCAACAAGGAGGGCAAUCCUCAAAAAGACGCGAGCAAAGAAGGUUCAAACUUGGAUGAAACAGAAAUUGAAGCAUGUAAUAGGGUGAGGAACAAAAUAUAUGGGAUCCUACUGAAGAAUGUAGAGAGGACUGCUAUGGCUUUUGAAAGCAGCAAUGCAACGUUACAUCGUUGACAACUGAGAUUUCUACUGUUAGCUCGUAUUAAACUUGAAGAGUACAUUGAAGCGACAAUAUUCAAUCAGAAUUGUUCUCUAAGUAGUGUACAAGUGCAUAUCAUUCUCCGUUCUAGAGAAUAAAUGCAAUAACUCCUUCUUUUAUAGCAUUGCCCGAGCCUAAGUUAUUUCCUUGCCUCAAUAGUCUCUGCACAUAUGGAAGGGGAGUCUUGGCAUAACUGGUAAAGUUGCUGCCAUGUGACCAGGAGGUCACGGGUUCAAGCCGUGGAAACAGUCUCAUGUAGAAAUGUAGGGUAAGACUGCGUAAGUAGACCCUUGCGGUUCGGCCCCUCUCCGGAUCCCGCGCAUAUAUAGCGGAAACUUAAUGCAUUGGGCUGCCCUUUAAUAGUCUCUGCACAUAUGCUUCUGUAAAUAGGUCUCCAUGUAAAUGUCCUCGGACAACUCUAGUUUCUCCUUUUAUUGUGAUGCCAAAUAGUCUACUUCAAACUUCUUUUAUAGUUAACAUAGCAGAAAUAAUCCUAAAUGUCUCAAACAAAUUUUUACUGGCUACUAGGCGUAGGGGU